CGCGUCUGCGGAGGCCGAAUGGGAUUGGGGGUUGGCUAAGGAUGGCUGUACCUAACUUGGCGAGUAUUGCAGAUGUUAUAGGUAUAAACACUCAUGUCCGCCCAUAGUAUUGUGUAGGCAGGCGAGUGCGUAGCUCUUGGUCUUCUCAACUCAACUGUUGACCUCAACCGACUACACUUCGUUCGAUACGUUCACUACAGCAUGCGCUACUCACUCCUCAUUGCUAUAGCUUUGCCUUUGGCCCAAGGCGUUCGCAUCAUCCAGAGCAACGAUGAUGGCUGGGCUGAGAUUAAUAUCAGGACAUUCUUCAAUGUUCUGAACUCUGCCGGUCACCAAGUCGUGCUCAGUGGACCAGCUGAGAACCAAUCUGGCACAGGGUCCUCUGAUGCCACACCAGAAACCGUAGGUUCCGAUGGCUGCGGGUUUUCCUCCUGCCCUGGUGGAAGCCCAGCAACAGGUGCCAACACCACCGACCCGCGCCUAAACUACGUGAACUCGUACCCUGUCACGGCCAUCAAAACGGGAAUCUCGACCACCGCGCCCAAACUCUGGAACGGCGCCGCUCCAGAACUCGCUCUCACAGGCCCUAACGUCGGCUCCAACGUCGGCCUCCAAGUUCCCUUCAGCGGAACCGUUGGAGCAGCAACCUACGCCGCAAAGACCGCAAAGAUCCCCGCCAUCGCGUUUUCUGGCGCCUCAGGCGAUCCAACGGCUUGGAAUCAGCCUACGCCAUUGUACAGCGAGGUCUACGCUGAUCUGGCGCUCAACAUCACAACUACCAUUAUCGAAUCUGGAAAGCCGUACCUCCCGGAUAACACAUGGCUUAAUGUCAACUUCCCGGCUGUGUCGAGCACCAAGUGCAACAAUGUCAACCAGUUCAAGUUCAUCUUCACUCGCAUCAACACCGGUCUUAUUGGCAGUGCUGCUGAUAUCACUGUUUGCGGUACCACAGCGAGGCUGCCGUGGGAGGCAGAUGUCGCGGUGAUAAGGGGAAAUGACUGCUACGUCUCCAUCUCCCCUGGUGAUGCAAACGACAAGACGACUGCGGCGGCUGCGCAGCAGCAAGUCAUUUACAACAAGUUGAAGCCGAUCCUGUCGUGCUUGCCGUAG